AGAAAAGAGCCCAAGGGAAACGGGGGCCAGGGGAAGGGGAGGAGGCGUGGGUGGAGAAGAUGGGACUGCAAGGAAGGGGAAGGGGAAGGGGAAGGGGAGAAAUGGGCGACAGCGAGGAGGGCGAGCGAAAGAGGGGACCAAACCGAGGCGUGAGGGGAGAGGCGAAGCUGGGCUGAAAACGGCGGGGCGCUGACUCCGGCGCUCGGAGAAGUUCUUCCGCAGGGCUCCCCUGCCCUGUCCCCUUCCUCCCCCGAGCCUCCUGGCCGGUGGCGGCCGCCCGCUCAGCCCCGGCUGCCCCUCCUGGCCGGUGGGGGGUUGUACCCGAGCCAGUCGGCGAGGAAGCGGCCCCGAGUGGGGCUGGCCGGGGCUCGUGCUGGGGCAGCUCCCUCCCGCCGGGUCCCUGCAGGGGAAGCCUCCGGCCGGCCGGCUUGUACUCUGGGAGCCGCGGGAAGCGAGGGGGAGGCUCCCGCCGAGCGGGGAGGGCGGAGGGAGCCGCUCGCCAGCGCAGGCGGGCGGAGAGCUGAGUCGCGUCAGGGUGCGGAGCGGCUUGUUCUCCAGACUCUCCCUGAUGCCCGGCGUGACACGGGGGGAGCGCCCGGCCGAGCAGGCGGGAGACUGGACUGGGGGAGCUCGGGGGCUUCUCCUCUAGCAGCAGCCGCCCCCAGCUGACAGGCAGUUGUCCCCGCGGGCGGCGGAGCUCCCCGGCCGGGGACCCGACGAAUCGCCCCGGCAUGGGCGCAGGGUCACGGCAGCUCCCCUGGCUCCAGGAGGGACACCGGCGAAGGAUGCUCUGAUCCUGGCUUGGCUUCGGCCGUCCUCGGGCUUUUGGGGCUGGAGGAGGGGCUGGGGGUCUGCGCCCUGCCCCCGCCCCGCCUGCAGAGGCAGCUGAAGUCGGGAUGAGCUGGGCUCCCCGUGGCUCUUCCGGGGUGGAAACCCCUUGAGGCUGCCCUCGCCUCCCGUGCCCAGAGCCCCUCUCUGUUGUGCGCUCUCGCCAGCCUUGGCCGAAGUGAAUGGCCCCCGGUGGAUGUGCACCGCACCACUGGCUCUGCAAAGGGACAAUGCUAGCCGGGGGGCUGCUGGCCGGCUUCUCCGUGCUCAGCCUCCUUACCUACGGCUACUUGUCCUGGGACACCCUCGGAUCUAGCCUGGAGGCCACAAGGGCCGAGCUUGGAAAGGAGCCAGAGGCCAGCGCACCCACCACUCAGCCUCACAUCGUUUUCAUCCUGGCUGACGAUCAGGGAUUCAGAGAUGUAGGGUACCACGGAUCAGAGAUCAGGACACCAACUCUGGACAGGCUGGCUGCUGAAGGGGUUAAACUGGAGAAUUACUAUGUUCAGCCUAUGUGCACGCCUUCCAGAAGCCAAUUUAUCACAGGAAAAUACCAGAUACACACAGGCCUUCAGCAUUCUGUCAUAAGGCCUACUCAGCCUAACUGUUUACCUCUGGAUAAUGUGACUCUACCUCAGAAGCUGAAGGAGGUUGGCUACUCAACACACAUGGUUGGAAAAUGGCACUUGGGAUUUUACCGUAAAGAAUGCAUGCCGACACAAAGAGGAUUUGAUUCGUUUUUUGGCUCACUCUUGGGCAGUGGGGAUUAUUACACUCACUACAAAUGUGACAGCCCUGGGAUAUGUGGCUAUGACCUGUAUGAGAAUGACAAUGCAGCUUGGGAUCAUGACAAUGGCAUAUAUUCAACACAGAUGUACACACAAAAAGUACAACAAAUCUUAGCCUCUCAUAAUCCCAGGACCCCAAUCUUUUUAUAUAUUGCUUACCAAGCUGUUCACUCUCCACUACAGGCACCAGGCAAGUAUUUUGAACAUUACAGAUCAAUAAAUAAUAUAAACAGGCGGAGAUAUGCUGCCAUGCUGGCCUGUUUGGAUGAAGCCAUCAACAAUGUGACCCUUGCUUUAAAGAGGUAUGGUUACUAUGACAACAGCAUUCUCAUCUACUCUUCAGAUAAUGGUGGGCAACCAAUGGCUGGAGGAAGUAACUGGCCUCUCAGAGGAAGCAAAGGGUCAUAUUGGGAGGGGGGAAUCCGUGCUGUUGGCUUUGUCCAUAGCCCCCUUCUGAAAAACAAAGGGUCUGUGUGUAAGGAGCUUGUGCACAUCACAGACUGGUUCCCCACUUUGAUCACGUUGGCAGAAGGGCAGAUUGAUGAGGACAUCCAGUUGGAUGGCUAUGAUAUAUGGGAGACUAUAAGUGAAGGCAGACGUUCUCCAAGGGUGGACAUUUUACACAACAUUGACCCCAUUUACACCAAAGCCAAAAAUGGCUCAUGGGCAGCAGGCUUUGGGAUCUGGAACACAGCAAUUCAGUCAGCAAUCAGAGUAAACCACUGGAAACUACUGACAGGAAAUCCUGGAUACAGUGACUGGGUCCCUCCUCAGUCUUUUAGCAACACUGGCCCCAAUCGCUGGCACAACGAACGAGUUUCUUGGAUGGCUGGCAAAACAGUGUGGCUUUUUAACAUAACUGCAGACCCAUAUGAGCGAGUGGACCUUUCUGGUAAGUAUCCGGAUAUAGUGAAGCAGUUGUUGCGGAGACUUUCACAGUUCAAUAAGACUGCAGUUCCUGUUCGAUACCCAGCUAAAGACCCUAGAAGUAACCCUAAACUCAAUGGAGGAGUCUGGGGCCCAUGGUUUAAGGAGGAUGAAAAGAAAAAGAAGCCAGGUAAAAUUAAGGGAGAGAAUAAACAAAAGAAGAACAAGAAAAAAACAAGUCAGAAAAAGGGACACUCCUUAAAUUGCCAUUUGCACCUUGCUGGUGGAUAGGAUCAACUACUGUCAUUGCAUAAGCCUAAGGCAGUCUGCUCCAACUUUCGGGAGCUCCUGACAUUCCACCACAGUAGAAAUACCAGCUCUGCACUAUGACUGAAUGAAAAGUCUCCCCUUGUGGUUGGUUCUCACGUUAUACCAGCACAAGUUAUCCUGACACUCUACCUGAAGAAUAUAUAAAUGCCCACGUGGCAAACAUCGUUCUCUUCAGCACAAAUGAUGUUUUUCCAUCACAGCUACAUUCCAUAUAACAAUGGAAAUAACUCUCAGUUCCAGUAUUUCUCUGUUUGAAGGAUACUUGGUAGGGUUAUUCCAUGCCCAAAAUAGAAUGUUUAUUUCAAUAAUGGUAUGGAAAAGUUACUAGUAGAUAUUCCAAAACAGGUAAAGAUGAUCUAUAGAGAGAAAUAAAACCCAAAAUCUGACUGUCAUUUUAGGUUAUAUUGGGUUGUAGUCACCAUGUUGUGAUUUUUUUUUUUAAUUAAGCACAGCAAAAGUUUAAGCCCCCUAAGAGUCUAUAUGCUUUUUUAAAAAGCUGCUUUUAAUUAAACUGUGUCUGUCUUACAUAAAUUGGAGAUUUUUUUGUGCUCAGUUUCCAAUAAAAACAAAAGCACACACAAGAAUCAGUCAGCGCAUGUCUCAUAUUAUUUACCAUAGGGAUAGGCAGAGAUGAAGUCUUUGAGCACACCACCAAAAUGAAUGUAAUGUUUAUACACUUUAAGUUAACUCUGCUACAGUACACAAAAAAACAUAAUUUAUUUUACAACAGAAGUCAAUUCUUUCACUUAUAUUAAAGCUUUCACAGUGGGUGAUGCAAGCCACAUUUUUGUUUUAUUUGAUUUGAUUUGCUCUAUCAUUAAAGAUUUUAUUUUACAUAUCCAAAUCUGCAUAGUACUGUAAAAACACAAAUUACUGUAAAUACAGCUAAGAUGCAAAAGAAGAAUGAUUCAGGUACAUCAUUUCAUUAUAUAUUUGCCUCCAAUUAAUUUGAAUGUAUCAAAGUGAUUAUUUGACUCAGUGGUCACUUGAAAUAUUGUUGUUCAGUUUCUGUAUGGAAGCUAGACUGGCUUUAUGUUUUUUGGGGGAGAGUCUACUCUAAACCUUUUAUUUAUAUAUCUAUUAAAAUAUUUUAUUUUUAUGGCAUU